AUGCAAACCGAGCAGUCAAUAACAUCAGACCCGUUUCCAUGGGAUGUCGGCGUCUACGAUGCUCACUGCCAUCCAACCGACACGAUGUCGGCCAUCGACGAUAUCAAAGGCAUGAAAGCGGCCGCUCUGACGGUCAUGGCAACCCGCGAGCAGGACCAGGAGCUCGUCUCCCAAGUAGCCUUACAGUAUAAAGACUCUAGCAAGGACCGUGGUCAGGAUAGCGAGACGUGCAGCGACCGCAUCAUCCCUUGCUUCGGAUGGCAUCCGUGGUUCUCUCACCAGAUAUUCGAUGAUACGAACGAUGCUCAGCCCAGGGACAGCGAAUAUCUAGCAUCAAUAAAGACUGAGCAUUACAAGAACGUGCUAUCGCCUUCAAUCGAGGACGAGGAGCUCCUAAAUGAACUACCGGUCCCAUUCUCCUUGUUGGAGCUGAUAUCAAGGACUAGAGAGAGACUACAGAGACAUCCGCAUGCCCUUGUCGGCGAGAUUGGGCUGGACAAGUCAUUCCGAAUACCAAAAGCAUGGAGCUCAGCUACAGGCGAUGUGGAGGAGAACACGGCUUCGUCUGAUCCAUCUAUUACCCCUGGCACAAGAGGCGGAAGAGCACUCUCGCCGUACCGUGUCAAGAUGGAGCACCAGCGAGCCAUACUCAGAGCCCAGCUGCGGUUAGCAGGCGAGUUACAACGACCUGUCUCCCUGCAUAGCGUUCAAGCGCAUGGAGCAACCAUCGAAGUGCUACAGGGUCUUUGGGCCGGGCAUGAAAAGAAGGUCAUAUCCAAUCGACAACGGAAGAGGAGUUCAAGCGCACCCCGAGCUCAUGAGGGUGAAGAUAUAUCUCCAACAACGUCAGAUGAAGGUAGUCCAUCGGGCAGAUCGAAGGAUAAGCCUAAGCCCUUCCCACCCCGAAUAUGCAUGCAUUCUUACUCGGGCCCGGUAGACCCGCUAUCCCAAUUCUUCCAUCCGAAGGUUCCUCUAGAUGCAUACUUUUCUUUCUCGGCAGUGAUCAAUUUCCCUGAUGGCUCGAAUGUAAAGUCUUCAAGUGUGAUUAGUGCGCUACCGGAGGACAGGAUAUUGGUUGAAAGUGAUAUUCAUUGUGCUGGCCAGCGGAUGGAUGAUUUACUGGAGCAGAUUGUUAGACAGGUGUGUGAUGUUCGCGGCUGGUCGUUAGAAAAGGGUACUCGGAUACUUGCUGAGAACUGGAAAAGAUUUAUAUUCGGCUGA